AUGGAUUUGAACGAGAAAGCUGUACCGUUUCCUCAUGAUGCUGAGCUUAGGAUUGGUAAUACUACUUUAAGCUUGAAUGGUAUUGGCUUUGGAGAAACCAAUAAUACUAAUUAUGGAUGUACUGAGAGCAGUCUUGGGAUGAAGUUUUCCGUUGCUGUUGAUGAUGGCUGCAAAUUGGUUCUGGGAUUGGGCCCAACCCCAAAGGCAUAUGGCGAUGACUACAAUGAUAUAGGGUUUAAUAAGAAGAAAAAACCGGCCAGCCUUUUUUCUCAGAGCAUGCCAUCCGAAUGUGAAUCAAUUCUUCAACUUGGUCUUUCUGGUGCAGCAAAUGAGAUAUCAAGUAUAAUGGAGUACUCAGGUUCAACAGAGAUCAAUGUGAAUAUCUCACGUUUUUCAAGCCAGACAUCAGGAGAAUAUAAUUAUGCAAUGAUACCUGUCGUUGAUGAGGGUUCUACCUCCGCAAAGAAAUCGGGUGGUUAUAUGCCAUCACUUCUUUUAGCUCCAAGAAUGGAUAAUGCUGAAAUUUCGGUGCAGACACAAGAACUAAUUCUUGGAACUAAAUCUCAUACAUUCCCCGAACUAUCCAGUGCUACAAAUCACUCCCUUGGCACCGCAUCUGGCCCCCAGGAAACCGGGAUAACUUCACAGAACCGAACAAGCAAUCCGAAGAGAUGCAGAUUUUUUGGCUGUUCAAAGGGAGCUCGAGGUGCUUCAGGGCUUUGUAUUGGACAUGGGGGUGGACAGAGAUGCCAGAAACCGGGAUGCAACAAGGGCGCUGAGAGCCGUACUGCUUACUGUAAGGCCCAUGGUGGAGGCAAGAGGUGCCAACACUUAGGGUGUACUAAAAGUGCCGAGGGGAAGACAGAUUAUUGCAUUGCACACGGUGGUGGUCGGCGAUGUGGGUAUCCAGGUGGGUGUGCAAAAGCUGCACGAGGUAAGUCAGGACUUUGUAUUAGACAUGGAGGAGGUAAGAGAUGUACAAUAGAAGGUUGCACCAGAAGUGCUGAAGGGCAAGCUGGGUUGUGUAUCUCUCAUGGGGGUGGACGUCGUUGUCAGUACCAUGAAUGUUCAAAGGGUGCGCAGGGGAGCACCAUGUUUUGCAAGGCACAUGGGGGUGGGAAACGUUGCUCAUUUGCAGGGUGCACUAAAGGAGCUGAAGGAAGCACCCCACUGUGCAAGGCACAUGGUGGAGGGAAGCGUUGCCUUUUCAAUGGUGGUGGUAUUUGUCCAAAAAGUGUACAUGGAGGAACAAACUUCUGUGUUGCUCAUGGUGGUGGAAAGAGGUGUGCUGUUUCUGGUUGCACCAAGAGUGCCCGCGGUCGUACUGACUGCUGUGUCAGGCAUGGUGGGGGUAAACGCUGCAAGUUUGAAAGCUGUGGGAAGAGUGCUCAAGGGAGCACAGAUUUCUGCAAGGCCCAUGGUGGAGGAAAGCGAUGUAACUGGGGAGAUGGAAAAUGUGAGAAAUUUGCAAGGGGAAAAAGUGGUCUCUGUGCUGCUCACUGCAGCCUGUUGCAAGAAAGUGAAACGAGCAAGGGAAGUCUGAUUGCACCCGGACUUUUCCGCGGUCUUGUACCUUCUGCUUCCACCAUCUGUAGCAGUUUUGAGAACAAUUCUUCCUCAGGCGUCAGUGUUGUGUCUGAUUCCUAUGAUUCUAUGGAAACACCUGCUAGAAGACAUCACCUCAUCCCCAAGGAGGUGUUAGUUCCACUCUCAAUGAAAUCACCAUCUUAUUCAAACUUCUUGGCAGCCAAUAAGCCAGCACAAGACAGAAACCUCCACAGCAUCACUGGCGACUGCAGCGGUGCUACAAAAGGCACCAGCUUUGAUUUGCCAGAAGGCAGGGUCCACGGUGGCGACCUCAUGUUGUUUUUCGGAGGAAAUCUCAAAAAUGCACUUGAUGGCAUCUGA